CGCCCACCCUGUAUUUAGCUCAUUUUUGUCACUGUAACAAUGAAAGAAGUGCGGUGCUGCUUUUAGGAAACAUGGAGCUGUCACUCGCCGAGUUUAUUCCCGCGGGCAAUUCAUAUCAAACCGUUACAGCUGCUCUCGUGUUCGGAACCGCAUUUUUGUUGUUUUAUGAAGUCUUUAGGCUUUGGUUUCCGAAGUAUAAGAGACCCCCAGGUCCAACAGCGCUACCUUUAAUUGGAAGCCUUCAGUUUUUCAUAGAUCCUAUGAGGACAUUCUUGCAGAUGAAAGAGAAAUAUGGAGACAUUUCAUGUAUCUUUUUAGGAUGGAAACCUGUUAUUAUACUAAAUGAGUUUGGUGUCAUGAAAGAUGUGUUGAUACACUCUGGAGCAGAAUUUGCUGGUAGACCAGAGAUGGCCAUUGUAGAAUUGAUCACCCAUGGUUUAGGUAUAGUUAUGGCACCCUAUGGCAUACCUUGGAAGAAACAGCGAAAAUUUGCCCUCCAAACCUUGCGUAAUUUUGGCCUUGGAAAGAAAUCACUGGAGGAACGAAUUUCUGAAGAGGCUGUGUUUUUAAUCGAGGAAUUGCAAAAGGAGUCAGGCAAAGCAUUCAAUCCUCAUUCCACCAUCAACAAUGCUGUGUCCAAUAUCAUUUGCUCCAUUGUCUUUGGGAACAGAUUUGAUUACGAUGAUGAGAAGUUCAAGUACCUCCUACGCCUUGUGAAUUCCAAUGUCCAGAAUGUUGGCUCUCCGGCUGCUCAGUUGUUUCAGAUUUUUCCAAUUCUUAGACACUUUCCUGGACCACAUCAGAAAAUUUUCAGGAAUGCUGAUGAAAUACUUGAGUUUGUGCAACAGUCUGUCAAUGAGCAUCGAAAAACACUGGACCCAGACAAUCUGAGGGACUUUGUAGAUGCCUACCUUGUGGAAAUAGAGAAGCAAAGGUCUAAUCCAGCUUUCAUGUUCACUGACGAGAACCUUAUCAUAACCAUUGGUGACCUUUUCGUUGCUGGAUCAGACACGACUACCACCACAGUAAGGUGGGGAUUGCUCUACAUGACACAGCAUCCUGAAAUUCAAGAGAAGUGCUUCCAGGAGAUUAUUUCUAAGGUUGGAUUUAACCGGCUCCCCUCGUAUGAGGACAGGAUUAACUUGCCAUUUGUUGAGGCUACUAUCAAUGAGAUUCAGCGUAUGGGAAACAUCGUUCCCUUUGGAGUGCCACGGGAAGUGACAAAAGAUACUGAAUUACGAGGCUACUUCCUUCCUAAGGGGACCCAGGUGUUUAUUAACAUGUCUUCAGUGUUUUAUGACAAAUCAAUGUGGAAGUUUCCAGACCAGUUUAACCCAGAGAAUUUUCUGGAUGAUGAAGGAAAUUUCUUCAGGCCAGAACCGUUCAUUCCUUUUUCUGCAGGAAUGCGAAUGUGUCCAGGAGAGCAGCUUGCCCGUGUGGAGCUUUUCAUCUUCUUCAGCAGUCUUCUACAGCACCUCAAGUUCUCCUGGCCAGAUGAUGCCUCCCCACCAGACCUAGAAGGCAUUGUGGGUUUGAGCCACAGCCCUAAACCAUUUAAGCUGCUGUGCCAAACUCGAGACUGGAAGAAGGCACCUCAAUAAAAGGAAUUCUUUUCUGCUAUUUUAUAUUUUUGAUUUUGUUUUUAACAUUUAAAAUAGCAACACUUUCUUAAUUGAUCAGUUUUACUUAGCAUCCAAGACAAAAACAUUAAUUGCAGUCCAUGCCAAAUUUCAAAGAAUUCAAGGAUUUUAAAUAUGCAACAAAAUAUAAAAGCACUCGUUGUGGCAGGGAUAAUAAUCAAAAGCACUGUACAGUUCAUUUCCUAAAAUAUAUACUUAAAUAAUUCCCUAAUGUAACAUUAUUUGGCAUGAAUAUUGUUUUAUUUGCCUCUGCAUAAGACUAGCUAUGGAUGUAAAAUGAACUGUAGCUUGAAGGCUGUCCUGUCAAGUGCUUCUCCUUGACAAUUAUUGUUUGAGCUUCAGGACCUCUUUAGCAAGUUUUUGACAUGUGCACGGAAAUAUUAGAAAUGUCAAAAAAUAUCAAAAUUAUUAUUUAUUUAGCAGAAACCUUUAUUCACAUACUGUUAUGUUUACGAAGUACAUUUGAUUGUAAUUUGGAAUUAUAGCUGGAGACUGAACCUUGAUUUUUAAUAGGUGAAUCAAAGGUCUUUUGGCAUGACCUUUGGGGGUCAGAGCACAGGGUCAGUGCCUCUGGAGCAAUUUUCAGGUUAAAAGCUGUGCUCAAGGACCCAAUGGAGUAUGAUCCUUUCUGAAUGUAACUGGAUUUGAACCAGCAACCUUGAACAUACUAGCGCAGCUCCUGAGCCACAACUUCACUUAAACGUAUCACCAAGGCUUUCAAAUUCAAUUUGGUGCCAGAGUUGCUCUUAGCAGUUUCCUUAUUGCAACAAUAAAGUGAAAAAUUCGGAACUAAUUUCUUUCUUUCUUUUGUGACCCUGAGUAACAGGAAAGUACUGUAUAAUACUGUACUGUAUAAUUUCUUUUGGGCACAAAGAAAUGUCUUCUUGUGUCCCAGUUAGAACAGUGGGGUGUGUAUUGGUGACUGUCUCAAAACGUAUCACACAUAGGACGUGUACUAAAUCUACAUCAGUACAGCAGUGGGCACUGUACUUUAUUGUUGACAUUUUGGUAUUUACACGAUUUUGUUGCACAUAAUAACAUUUUUCUUGUUGAAAAAAUUCUGUGUUUUUGGUUCAUUUUUCCUGGGGUAAACGUAAUGCUAAGCCCUGUCUUGUGCUGUGUUUGCUUGGUGUUGGUGGUGGCAUUAGUGAUUUAGUCAGUGAGAAGAUGCUGUACUUUUAUUUGUUCAAGAUGUUCUGACCCUGCAAGGCUGCAGCAGUUUUGUAAGAAAAUGGAAUCAAAACAUGGUUUGAAAAAGUCCAAAUUCAAGCUAAGGUGAUUACCGUUAAGACUAAAGUCAAGUAAACAAAGCUCAGGACGUGCAGCAGAAUUGUGGUCACAACCAAAACAAAAACCAUCUAACCAGAGAGAAAUCGCUAGGCAUUACC